AUGGCGGCUGCAGUUGACGGAGCCGCUGGGUGGGAUUCAGGAGCGAAUGAUGCCUGGAACGCAGGGAGUGCCGCCACCGGUGGUGACACCUGGAAUGGCGGCGGCACUACUGCCAAUGAUGAAACCUUCGGCAAUGGCAACGUUGCUGGAGACCCGGAGACCAAAGCCGAUGGUGCUGCCAUGAGCCCGGACACAAGGCUCGCGAGUGUCCUAAAAAACCAGAAGGCGAUAAUUCAGGAAAUUGCUUCAAUUGUGGCCAGCCUGGGUCUGUCUCUUCCAAUCCUCCAUCAUAAUCACUCCGCUGAAAUCGAAGAUUAUAGGCACAACAAAGCAGACUGCACAGAGCCUCGCGUCUUCAAGGGUACCUGCCGCCAUUGUAACAAAGAAGGCCAUCCUGCUCGCGAGUGCCCAGACAAGCCGGCACAGAAAUGUAAAAAUUGCCAGGAGGAAGGCCACGAGGUGAAAGACUGCAAGGCAAAUAGGAAAUUUGACCGGAGCAACAUUUCGGACGCAGACCAGGAGACUGCUUGGAAUGCACUCGUUAAAUCAGAUGAGGGGAAGGACAUGGAGAGUAUUCGCGAUGCCUUUGCUAUCUACACGAAAGCUUGUCCCGAUGCAACUUACGAGGAGCUCGAAAAGGCUUUUCGCCAGAAUGACUUCAAUCUACAUCUUGUUGCAAUUGAAAAGGAACUACCAAAGACACAUACCUACAUUAGCCUUCAAGGCGAGUUGGACAAGAAAUAUCAGGCAGGAUUCUACUGGGAUGCUGAGCCAAAGCGUAAGAAGAUGUUGGCUGUCUGGCCUAGCACUCCUGAAGAGAAUCUUGAACGCCUCAAGGAGGCUGGUAUGCCUAUGGAGCGUUUGAUGCCUAAGUGCCACCGUUGCGAUGAGCUUGGGCAUGUGGGAAAGAAUUGCCCCGAGAAGGAAGCAGAUGUUACGGAGGGCGCAGCAGAAGGCGAGGAGCUCCUCCGCCCUGAUAAAAUCACAAUCGCUUGCGCAAAUUGCAGCGAGCCAGGUCACCGUGCUCGUGAUUGCACAACACCUCGCAAGCAAGCACGUGGGCCUAUGACUUGUCGUAAUUGCGGUCAAGAAGGCCACAAGAAGGAUGAUUGUGACCAGCCUCCCGACCUGUCGAAUCAAAGUGGAAUGCUCGAAUUGCCAUCAAAUGGGCCAUACCAAGGUUCGCUGCAAGGAACCCCCGCUGAGGAAGGAGCUGCCAACGGUGGCUAUGGCGGCGCUACGGAUGGAGGAUACGGCGAGACAGCUACCCAAGCUUCUGGUGGUGCUGAAGGUUGGGGCACCGGUGGCGCUCCAGCUCCCGAGGCCUCCCAGAACCUCGGUGGAUGGUAA